AUGAACAAAUCCAUUGAUAAAUUCACCGUCAACCAGAACGGCAGCACUCCCUCCACAACCAAAAGUAAAAACCAAAAAGGAAACCCAAAACCAAAAGCAAAUCCCAUACCUGACCUUCCGGAGCUUGGGGAUAAGAAAUGUCCCAUCCAUCCAGGUGGGGAUCACACGACGGAGGAAUGUCUGCUUGGAGGAGGAAAGCCCAUUAUUGAAGAAACUGGUGUUUUGGGCAUGUUCCACAUUAGUCCUGCGAUAUUAUUAUGUUCCUUUUGCUUAGGAUGUACCAAGUUAAUAAGACACAGUAAUGCAAAUAUCCCUUUAUUUGCUAGCGAAACAAAUGAAAGACAAGUUCAACUAUUAUUUUGA